AUGGCUCUCAACUGGGUGACGCUCGACGAGAUGUCGAGCAGGCCGCUGCCCCUCGACGAUGAGCGCUUCCUUCACUCGGUUCAGAACGCCGCGCUAACACUCGACUUCUCGGGCAGCGCCAAGGCCAGCUACAAGGCCACCGGCAGGGCCUUCGUGACGUCGCGCAGGGUUGUAUUCCUGAUCCAUCCGAUGCCGCCACCGCCGCCACCUGGUGCACCACCGCCAACGUCCCUUCAUUCCCUCUCGGUCCCCCAUGACCACUUCCAGAACUUCCGAUACAUCAUUCCCAUCUUCUCGGCAGCGUAUCUCGAAGCCGAGGUCUUUCCUGUGACCGGAGGUGGACUGCCACAACGGCAGACGGGGGAGCCGGAGACGCCAAAGGGGAAACUCAAGAUCUGGUUCAACGAGGGCGGCGGCGUCGCCUUUCGCGACGCGGUAGAGAGGGCAAAAAAGGAGUGGGAAGAGGUUAAGGCGAAGCAGGCGGACGAGGAUGCGCUGCCUGCGUAUGAGCCACCGUCCGGUCAAUCAUGA